GGUGUGGCCUGAGUUCACUCAGCUGACUGUCCGCCAUUUUGUCCGCCGCUCCGGCUUUUACCUCAGAAAAAGCGCCGGUGGGGCGGGAGGCAAAGAAAAGGGGAAGGGGAGCAGGCGGGCAAACCGGCGACGCUCUUUCCAGCCCACGGGAUGUGACCCGCCGCCGACCUGCCUUUCUCUGCCUGAUUCCUGACUCCUGUGGCGUGUCUUCCUUUCUAAGCGGAACGCUGCCUUCUUUUUCAUUUAGUUUGGCUUCUCCCGCUCCGUCGGCUCUCCCUCUCCACGAUGGCGUUGAAGAUGGUGAAGGGGAGCAUCGACCGCAUGUUUGACAAGAACCUGCAGGAUCUGGUGCGGGGCAUCCGCAACCAUAAGGAGGAUGAGGCAAAGUACAUCUCUCAAUGCAUUGAUGAGAUCAAACAAGAACUGAAGCAGGAUAAUAUUGCUGUGAAAGCAAAUGCUGUUUGCAAGCUCACCUAUUUGCAGAUGCUGGGCUAUGAUAUCAGUUGGGCAGCAUUCAACAUCAUUGAAGUAAUGAGUGCAUCCAAGUUCACUUUUAAAAGGAUUGGAUAUUUGGCUGCUUCUCAGUGUUUUCAUGAAGGAACAGAUGUUAUAAUGCUGACAACUAACCAGAUCCGAAAG